GCGUGGCUUGGCGGGCGCUGGUGGGGCCGGGCCGCUGUCAGCCGAGGGCCGCGGGAUCGCAGCCCUGCGCCGCGGGACCCGGCAUCGGGGGCCCAGGCCCACCCCGCUCCGCCGCCCCUACCCACUCCCCUCCGCCUUUCCUGCCUGGGCCUGAGGCGGUUUCGGGGAAGGGGGCCUACACGGCGGGACAGUUAGUCAGCCCCCGCGAAACCGGCGAGUCGGCACCUGCGGGAGGCGGUGGCCCCGUUACGCCCCGCCCGGCCUUGGCCGCCCCCGCGCUGCGCCCCGCCCCGCGCCGCCAGCCCGGAAGGAGCCGGCCUGCCUGAGCGCCCGCGGCGGCUGAGUCAGGCGGCGAGCGCGGCCCGUUACCGCGGGCGCCGGGGGCCGGGGUGGCGCUGUGGUUUCGGUGCGGGCCGCGGGCUGGAGGGCGGCGGCCUAACGAGCUCUCGGCACGCACCCUCCCUCGCCCUGCUUCUGUCCUGUCCCGCGGGGGCCCCGGCGGGACACCUGAGAGCCCUGGUGUCACUGUGGGAGCCGGGCGCGGGUCCUGUCGGCAUCUGCGCGGCGGCCAGGGGUGACCGUAGCCCCUCGGGGUCGGCGGCGGGCCCGCGCUCCUGGUGGCUGCGGCCUGAGGGUCCCUCUCCCUGCGCAGGGGCCCGCGCGCCUCACGAUGGGGCCCCUGAGCCGGGACGCCUGGGCCCAGCGCUUGGGGGCCUUCCGGGCCAGCCCGUCCGCCUUCAUGGCAGGUCCCGAGGGGGAGGAUUUGGGUCGCGACCUGCUGGGCGACCUGAGGAGUGAGAAGCUGAACGAGCAGACCAAGGUUUCCCUGCUGGCCCUGAGCUUGGAGUACCCUGCCCAGCUGUGGCCCGACGUCUCUGCGGCCGAGGUGGCCGCCACCUCCUUGUUGGACACCUUGGUCCUCCUACCCCCGCGGCCCUCAGCUCUCCGUCGGCCCCUGCUGCUGGCGGCCACCACAGCCCUGGCGGCGGGCGGCGCGCUGGGCCCCACCUCGGGCGCCUCCUGCCGGCUCCUGCCCCUACUGCUCGGCCUGGCUGCAGGCAGCGAUCUGGGGCGAGGCUUUGUCCCCGCCUCGGAACAGCGCCCCUUGCAGGCCACCGCCUGCGAGUGCCUGCGAGAGCUAGAGAGCUGCAAGCCCGGGCUGCUGGGGGGCUCCCUGGGGCUGCUGCGGGGCCUGCUGGGGCAGGAAGGCCCCGUCCAGCCGCUCAGCCUGCUGCUGGCCCUUGCUUUGCGCAACACCUUGGUGCUCCAGUCCCGGGUUGGGGCUGGCCUAGGGGGACUGCUCACGGAUAAGGUCUCCCCAACUGGGGGUGGUCCCUGGGAUUGGACACUAGUGGAGGAGGGCGAUGGACGCCUUCAGCCCCAAGCACCCAGCUGGCCGGCAGCUGAGGAGGGAGAGGGGGAGCGUAGUCUUACAGCACGAGAGCACAGCCCUGAGGAGGCGCGGGAGCUGCGGGCUGCGGUGAUCCAGCUUCUGGACACCUCCUAUCUGCUCACUCCUGUGGCCCAGGCCCAGCUCCUGUGGCUGCUGGGCUGGGCCCUGCGGGGUCUGCAGGGACAGCCACCCGCACUCUUCAAGCCGCAGCUGGUACGGCUGCUAGGCACAGCACAGCUGACACUGCUGCACGCCGUGCUUGCCCUCAAGGCGGCCUUUGGUGAGGCCCUGUUCACAGCCCAGGAUGAAGCGCUGCUGCUCCGCCGGCUCACCUUGGCUGCCCAGCACCCUGCUCUGCCUCCGCCCACCCAUCUCUUUUACCUGCACUGCCUCCUGAGCUUCCCUGAGAACUGGCCGCUGGGCCCCGAAGGUGAGGAGGCUGCCCCACUGCUGCUAGGGCCUCAGCUAUGCCGUGGUCUCCUGCCCAGUCUCCUGCAUGACCCGAUGGCUCUCCUGGCCCGCCUGCAUUUGCUGUGCCUGCUCUGUGCUGAGGAUGAAGAAGAGGAGAAAGGCCAGCUUCCAAGCCCACGGCACUACCUGGAAGAGCUGCUGGCUGGCUUGCUGCAGCAGGCAGCCCUGGAUGAGGGCCCCCGGGCCUUGGCCACUGUCUGCUUCCAGGCCUCAUAUUUGGUGACCCGCUGCCUGGCUGGGCAACCUACAGUGCUGACCCCCUUGAUCCACGGACUGGCCCAGCUAUACCGAGUCCGGCCCAUGCUGGCUUCCCACUUUGUGGACUUCUUGGAUCAGGUGGACUCUGAGCUGAGGGAGCCCCUGAAGGUGGUGUUGCGGCAGGAGGUGGUGUCCAGGCCGGGCAGGGAUGAAGCUCUUUGCUGGCACCUGAAAAUGCUGGCAAAGGUGGCAGAUGGAGAUGCCCAGAGUGCUACUUUCAACUUUCUACAGGCCGCAGCUGCCCACUGCACGAACUGGGACCUACAGCAGGGCCUACUGCGGGUCUGCCGGGCGCUGCUGCGGGCAGGGGUGAGGGGUGGCCUGGUUGACUUGCUGCAGGUGCUGGCCAGGCAGCUGGAGGACCCUGAUGGGCGUGACCACGCCCGUCUCUACUACAUCCUCCUGGCACACCUGGCUGGACCCAAGUUGGGGGUGGCCCUGGGCCCCUCGCUUGCCCCACCUGCACUGGCCUCUUCACUGGUGGCCGAGAACCAGGGCUUUGUGGCAGCACUGAUGGUGCAGGAGGCCCCGGCCCUGGUACGGCUGAGCGUGGGGUCCCAUGGGGGCAAGGGCCCACUCCCAGUGCUGAAGCUGCAGCCGGAGGCGCUGGAGCCCAUCUACUCUCUGGAGCUGCGCUUCCGUGUAGAAGGGCAGCUGUAUGCACCCCUGGAGGCUGUCCAUGUGCCCUGCCUGUGUCCUGGUCGCCCUGCCCGCCCUCUGCUCCUGCCGCUGCAGCCCCGAUGCCCGGCCCCCGCACGGCUGGAUGUCCACGCCCUUUAUACCACAUCCACUGGUCUCACGUGCCAUGCCCACUUGCCACCCCUGUUCGUCAACUUUGCCGACCUCUUUCUGCCUUUCCCGAAGCCCCCAGGGGGUGCUGGGCUGGGUUUCUUUGAGGAGCUCUGGGAUUCCUGCCUGCCAGAGGGUGCCGAGAGUCGUGUGUGGUGUCCACUUGGGCCACAGGGCCUGGAGGGCUUGGUGUCCCACCACCUGGAGCCUUUCGUGGUGGUGGCCCAGCCCCCUACCAGCUACUAUGUAGCAAUCCACCUGCCCCCGAACUCAAAGCUGCUGCUGCGGCUAGAGGCGGCCCUGGCAGAUGGAGUGCCUGUGGCCCUGCGGACUGAUGACUGGGCUGUGCUGCCCCUGGCGGGGGACUACCUCCGUGGGCUGGCGGCUGCUCUCUGAGCCCCGGGAGACCAGGUGGGGGCAGGACUGUGGCCCUUGUGGGGGCCAAGGCACACUCCUGUAGCUCUUUCCCCAAAACCCUGCAUUCCCCAGUGCCCUCGCUGGCUUGUUUUCUUUUGGGCCCUGGUUGGGAGCAGGCUCAUGGGGGUGAGGGUCUGUCUUAGUCUGUUUUUGCUGCUUUAGCAAGAUACCUGAGACUGGGUAAGUUAUAAUAAACAGGAAUGUAUUGGCUCAGAGCUCUGGAGGCUGGGAAGUCCACAGUUGAGGGCCCAGAGCCCAGUGAGGACCCUUCUGCAUCAUCCCAUGACAUUGGACAGAAUAGCAGGAGUGAGGGGAGAGAGCGAACCCACUCCCAAGAUAACAGCCUGAGUUCACACAGGAGGGCAGAGUCCUUGUGGCCUGACCACCUCUUAGGGUCUAAUCUUACACUGUUACAGUGGCAAUUACAUUUCAACAUGAGUGUGGGAGGGGACAAACAUUCAAACCGUAGCAGGGUCAUAGGCCCUGAGAAGGCUUCCAGACAGAACCCAGCACUGCAGAGCUGCAGAGUGCCUUCUCACCUAGACACACUAGCGUUCUCCGCAAUCCCUGCCCAGGAGGCAGGGGGAAAAUCUCCUUUCUGCUUCCCAGAGAGGGUCUGGCCUUGCCCAAGGCCGCCCAGUGAUUUAGGAAGGAGGCUGGAGCUAGUGUGGACCUCCUGACCUAUCAGACAGUACUUUUCUUUCUUUGUUUUUGGGGGAGGUUAAAGACAGGAUCUCACUCUGGCGCUCUGGAGUGCAGUGGUGCGAUUAGGGAUCAUUGCAGCCUCUGCCUCCCAGGCUCAGGUGAUCCUCCCAUCUCAGCCGGCCUCCUGAGUAGCUGGGACUACAGGUGUGAGUCACCACUGUAUUGUUUGCAGACAGGAUCUCCCCGUUUCCUAGGCUGGUCUCGAACUCCUGGGCUUCAGCAACUCUCCUGCCUCAGCCUCACCCAAGUGUUGGGAUUACUGGUGUGAGCCACCACACUGGGCCAAGCCAGCGCUUCUCCACUCCCAAGGUUUGCAGGCUCCCUGCCCCAGGGAGCUCACGCCAGGCAGGCCAGUGGACCUAAGCCAGAAACAGAAAGGCUGCAGUGGCUAGGUGGUUUCUUCCCCAGGAAGAGAGCUUCCCAAGCUAUGCCGAUUAGAGCCAGCUCUAGGAAGGGCCUGCUAAUAAGGUCUAGGAGCUGAGACUAAGCUUUUUCUAAUCUCAGCCCCUAAGAAAUCUAAUUUGUGCUUAGGAAUCUUCCCAGGUAAGAAGAACUAGUUCCUCUAGUUGUUUUUUUUUCCCCAAACAUGCAAACACUGAUAAUUGAGCUGUGUGGGGUCAGCUCUGCUGCCAGGCACAUGUACGUUGCCUCAUUUCAUCCUUGCAACAGCUCUGCAGGGCCCCGCAGGUGAGGAAAUCUGUAGGCAGGAGCGGUUGAGUGAUUUUCCUAAGGUCACCCAGCUGUUUGGUAAUAGUGUUUUGUCAUCUGGUAGCAGGUUUCCAUUAUCAUGCCAUCAGAGCAGACAGCCAGGGCCACAGAGGUCCAACCCUCUCUGCCGCCUUCUGCUGCCCCUGCCUCAUGGGCUCCCAGCCACAGGUUCCCCAUGGGCCAGCUUUACCCCUCCUGAUCCUUCUGACUGAGGCAGGCUAGGAGAGGAAAGACGGGCCUGAGCUGGGUGUGGUGGCUCAUGCCUGUAAUCUCAGCACUUUGAGAGGCUGAGGUGAGUGGAUCACCUGAGGCCAGGAGUUCGAGAUCAAUCUGGCCAACAUGGCGAAACCCUGUCUCUAAUAAAAAUACAAAAAUCAGCCAGGCAUGGUGAUGGGCACCUAUAAUUCCAGCUACUUGGGAGGGUGAGGCAGGGGAAUUGCUUGAACCCGGGAGGCGGAAGUUGCAGUGAGCCAAGAUCACGCCACUGCACUCCAGCCUGGGCGACAGCGAGGCUCUGUCUCAAAAAAAAAAAAAAACCCAAAAAACAAAAAACCGGCCUGGGACAGUGGACUGUUAAUAGGUAGAGUCGGGAGGCCUGUCUCAAAUUUGAGAUGUGGCAGUAACUUGCUUUGUCACCUUGGCAAGUCAUUUCCCAAUCAGGAAGGGGUCAGUUUCAGGAAACAGAAACUUCUCCAGCUGUUUUUGGCAGAAGAGAAUUUAAGAGAAUCAGGGUACUUAACAAAGUACAUGGGAAGGCUGGAGAAGUCGCCUCCAGGAGGCUCCCACUGGAGCUGAGAUCAGAACAUACUCUCCUGCCUGCCAUCCACCCCCUCUAAGCACCCCGGAAGCUGUGCUUGGGCCCUGGGACUUGGGGUGCAACUGCCACUCCUGCCUCCUGACACCCACAAAGCCAGAAGCUUGAUGCUGCUGCAGAAGGACUGAAUAUCCCCAAGGCUGGGCCCGCAGGGCAAACUUGCUUGGCCCUGUUUCCUCCAUCCACAUCCUUCAAAGGGCAUCUCAUUAGUGGACUCCAUUUCUCUCUUCCACAGAACUCCAGUGGCAAGGGAAUCCAGAAACGUUUUCAUUUUGCCUGGAGAUGCUAAUUGUUAGCCUAAGAGUAAGGUAACUAGUCCACGUGAGGACUGACCAUCCUUUCACCCAUCUGCCCACCUGUGCAUCCAUCCCAUUUUAUCCAUCCAUUCCUCCAGUGGUGGACACCACAUGACCUUCAGCUCCCCCGACCCCAACCAGAACUGUGCUGCAAUGGCUGUUCUUAUAUGCCCUUGUGGACCCAUGGGACAAUUUCUCUGUGAUACAUACUAGGAGCAGAAUUGUUAAAUCAUAGGGAAUGCAUGUGUUUAGCUUGGCUAAGCAAUUUUGGAGUAAAAGCUUUUGGUUUUGCAUCUUCUCAGCACUCCUAGGGAGGCACCAAGAGGGAGGAUGGCACUGAGUGAGCCCACCUGAGGUAGCUCCUAGACCCCAGCCCUCUGUGUUCUCAGAAUCACACACUGCUGCUCAUCACUUCAGCUUCCCGAAGAUCAUGGCAAUAGCAGCAUGCCUGUAACUGUCCCAAGUACAUCCAAAAAUUCUUCCUAAAGAGAGGGAACCAAAGUCACAUGGGUCACUUUGUCCACCUGUGUGGAUGUUGCUCAUGUUCACAUACCUUUCCUUGCCUCCUUCAAGGCAGGUCUGGCCACAAGUCCAGCUCUGGCUAAUGAAAUGUGAAGGGGGUCAAGGGCUGGGCGGGGUGGCUCAUGCCUGUAAUCCCAGCACUUUGGGAGGCCAAGGCGGGUUGAUCACCUGAGGUGAGGAGUUCGAGACCAGCCUGGCCAACGUAGUGAAACCCAUCUCUACUAAAAAUACAAAAAUUAGUGGGGCGUGGUGGCGUGCCCAUAAUCCCAGCUACUCAGGAGGCUGAGGCAGGAGAAUCGCUUGAACCUGGGAGGUGGAGGUUGCAGUGAACUGAGAUCGGGCCACUGCAUUCCAGCCUGAAUGACAGAGCGAGACUCCUCUCAAAAAGAAAAAGAAAAAUGUGAAGGGGGUCAGUUUUGGGGCACAGUAUGUCAUUGCCAGUGCUCAUUUUUCCAGCUCUCUCUUCCUCUGCCAUGACAGUGGGGAAGUACAUGUUGCCAUGGAGGUGCUAAAUAGCUGAGUCAUAAUCUCACCUUGAUACGCAGUAACAAAUGCCCUGGAUUAUCAAAUUAGUUAUGUAAACUAAAAAUCCUAAAACCCCACCGACUGAACAGACGCCACCUCGUGGCCAAGGGGACCUCAGAAAAAACCUAAUUCCUGGCCCUGACAGGCUGGGAGGUCAGAUGCAACUUGUUAUACCCCAUCCCUUUAUGGUUUAGACACAACUGCCCAGCAUGAAUGAACAAAAUAGGGAUCAUGAGAUGGACAGAACAAACUCUGUGGCAUAAGAUACCAAAUUGUAAACAGUAUCUUGCUUGGCCAUGCCAAGCAAGGGUUAAGUCAUGUAGGGCCCCCCUUCACACUCUGCUUCCCCUGCCCCCCACUUAUGAAUAAACUAUGUUCUAACUGCA